UGUUUUGAAGCCAACGGUGGCCAUUUACAUAAAAGAUUAGGGAAAGGGUUUACAGAGUUUAGUUGCGACAGUAAACAUGAUGAUUUAACUGCAAUUCUAGAACAAUUUGGAAAUUGGAUUCAAUUAGUAGCAAAGUCGGGUAAUGAAUUACAAAAACAGCAACUUAUCUGGUCAUUAUUGCCAGCGAUUGAGUCAAUAAAACCAUAUUUGCCACAGGAUUUGAUUCAUAGUCGAAUAGAUACAUUUAAGAAACCAAUUCUACCAACUUUAUUAAUAAUUCAGAUAGCAUUUAAAUUAGCAAAAAUAGAUUUAAGUAUUAAAGCAAAAGCAGCGAUUUUAAAAGAAAAAGAAUGUGCAUACUUUGGAAAUCUUCUUGGAGAAUCUUUAUGGCAAUCUCGUCUCUUGCUUAAAGACAAUUUACCAAUCUUAGAAAAUCCACAAUCACUUGAACAAUAUGCUUCAGCAUUUCCCCGAACUCUGUGGUCUUUUUUUAAUGAAAAAAACUUACAUCGACAAAUAAAAGGAAGUCAGGAUGAAAUUGAGCGAUUAUCUGUUCUUGAUGAAUUCGUUGGCAAUAUAAUAGAUAUCGAUAUCGAUAUUGAUGACUGUAUUGCACCAGAUCGAUGUGAGCAAUUAUGGAUUUUAAGCGAUCAAAUAUAUAGUGCAUUUCAAAAUUCAGAUCCAAAUAGUCUUCCUCUUUUUGAAUACACGACGCAAAAUACUUCAAAAGGAUACACUAACAUGGAAACUUGUUAUCAACAUGGAAUAGAGCGUAUGGAAGAUCUACUUGCGCAAGAAGUUUAUUUAACUAAAAAAAAGAAUUCAAAAGGAAGAGCAGUUAAAAACUUAGAUAAAGAUACU